AUGUCAGUGAAGCAAGCUGUGUUGGAGGUGAUUAACGAGUCCUUUGAAGAGAUACCUCUAGAUGAAAGUAGCGUCGGCCCUUUUGGCAAGAAGUAUAAGACUAUUGGUAGGCUUGCUGGUAGAUCGGAACCCAUAAUAGACGAAUCGAAGGUACUUAAUAACCUCACCAAAUCUCAGCAGUUUAGAGUUAGGCGGAAGAUCAUGAACAAAGCUAUCAAAAACCAAUUGCGACAAACGAACUCGGCUUGUGGCAAAGUGAACGACGACCUUAGUGAGGAUGAGAUUCCAGAAAAUAUGAUCGUUUACAACGUUCCAAUGACGAGAUCAUUGCAGUGUUUGACAUCAAAAGAAAAUUUGCUUGUUUUUCCGCCUACUCCCAGUGAAGACCCCACAAAUAGACCUCGAUCUAUAGACUCUUCCAGAUGCAACUCUAACAGGUCCUCAUUGUUUUCCUUGAACACCAAUUGCUCCGAGCUCUCCCAAAUUGAUCAGGAAUACGAUAGAGUCUUGGAGGGAAUGGACCCUGACGCCAAGUUUCUGACUAUCGCCUUUAAUAGUAGCAACUUAAUGGCUCAGAAUGAAGAAAGCACCCAAAGAAACUUCUAUCUACAAAAAAUGAAACAACAGCACAAUUAUUUGGUUGGCUCUCAUAAGGAGUCACACGUUCACUCUCAGAGAACGUUGAACUAUAAAACAUUCACAAGACAACUAGAUUUACCUCCAAAAUCCAAGUAUGAAAUGGAGUGUCAUCAGAGAGAGUAUGAGCAAAUUCUAUAUGCAUCUGCUCAAAAGGAAAAGUUGCUGGAACAGCAACGAUUGAAACAGAAUGAAAAAAUUAUAAGAGAACGAAAAAAGUCUUUAGAGAUAUGGAAGGACUACGUUCUCCCCAAAUAUGAACACAUGAUACAGCUUCCAAUUAUCAGGGAAUUAUGGUGGAAAGGCAUACCAAAAUCAAUUCGUCGUGACAUAUGGGUUAAACAGAUUGGGAAUAAGUCUAGUGUUUCUAAUACCUCUCAACUAAUUGAAAUGGCUAAGAAGCGUCUUAUAUUGGAUGAUAGGUUAUUUUCCAAUAUUAUCCUAGAUAUUCCAGAGUCAGAACAAAAGUCUGUUAUUUUGAUUUGCACAGCAUUUCUAUUAUACUAUGAAGAACACAGUUUUAAGCCAGUUGAUACUAAAGUUUUGGCCGGGGUGGUUUCCUUGUUAUUUGAGAAUAUAGGCAGUAUGGAGAAAACACUUACAGCUGCUAUCAAUCUGUUUACGAGGACAUACCCGCAUUCGAUUACUCAAAAUCUGAAUCCGGAUUACCUGCAGGCUCAUUAUGCCUCUUUUGAGAGGAUGUUGUUCAAAACCAACAAUUCACUGUACAACCACUUCAAGAUUGUGAAUCUUUCUCCAUCGGAAUAUCUGCCACUACUUGGUACUACAUUCUUUACAAGUCAGCUUUCUAGGGAGGUAUGUGAAAGAUUGAUGGACGUUUACUUGUUUGAAGGAGAAACUUUUCUUUUGAGAUCAACGUUGGCUCUUUUCAACGUAAUCAACUACAAAUUAUUCGGAACCAAGAAGGAAAUCAUCGAGGUUUUAGGUAUUGACUGCCUGAAAAACUUGAAUAAGCAUAUCUUUGACCCCAAAGAAUGCGCCAGACGAUUAUCCACAGAAAGUCUCAUAGGAUUUAGAUAUAUGGACGUUGGAUCCACAGAAGAAUUUAUAGCAAAAGUCAGGAACGUUUUGCAUUGA